AAAAACUAAGAACUCCUAGAUAUGCUAUCUUUAGCAGAUACCUCUUCCAGCCUCCACCCAUCUCUUUCAUAUUCCAUCCUUAAUCCUCGCCCUUAACAGCUGCGGUCUCUUUAAGGGUUUUUCUGUGUAAACUAGGCGGUAGGGCUGAGGGCGCAUUUCUUCCUAGGGUUGAAUGGUAAGUUGUUUGUCCGUUUCGGGCUGCCGUCCUGCAGGCCCGCCAUAUUGUCUGCUGAAGCUGCCGCCGCUGCCGCCGCCAAGUAGGAGCGAGCGGAGCCGCGAUGGAAACCAUGGCAAGCCCAGGGAAAGACAAUUAUCGAAUGAAGAGCUAUAAGAACAAUGCCCUAAACCCUGAGGAAAUGAGGCGAAGAAGAGAGGAAGAGGGCAUUCAGCUUCGGAAGCAGAAGCGGGAGCAGCAACUUUUUAAACGGAGAAAUGUGGAGAUGAUUAAUGAAGAAGCCGCCAUGUUCGACAGUCUCCUCAUGGACUCUUAUGUGAGCUCUACCACUGGGGAGAGUGUGAUCACAAGAGAGAUGGUAGAGAUGCUCUUUUCUGAUGACUCUGACCUGCAGUUAGCAACCACACAGAAAUUCCGGAAACUGCUCUCCAAAGAGCCUAGCCCUCCGAUAGAUGAAGUUAUCAACACUCCAGGAGUGGUGGAUCGGUUUGUGGAGUUUCUGAAGAGGAAGGAGAAUUGUACAUUACAAUUUGAAGCUGCCUGGGCUCUGACGAACAUUGCCUCUGGAACCUCUCAGCAGACCAAAAUUGUCAUUGAAGCAGGGGCUGUCCCCAUCUUUAUAGAGCUGCUUAACUCGGACUUUGAGGAUGUACAGGAACAGGCAGUCUGGGCACUGGGAAACAUAGCUGGAGACAGCUCCGUGUGCCGGGAUUACGUCCUGAACUGUUCCAUCCUUAAUCCUCUGUUAACACUCCUUACAAAGUCCACACGACUAACAAUGACACGGAAUGCAGUCUGGGCCCUGUCGAACCUCUGCCGAGGAAAGAACCCACCUCCAGAAUUUGCAAAGGUAUCCCCUUGUUUGCCUGUGCUGUCUCGCCUUCUCUUCAGCAGCGACUCAGACUUGCUGGCAGAUGCUUGCUGGGCCCUUUCUUAUUUGUCCGAUGGCCCCAAUGAGAAGAUCCAGGCAGUCAUAGACUCUGGAGUCUGCAGGAGAUUGGUAGAGCUUCUAAUGCAUAACGAUUACAAAGUGGCUUCUCCUGCACUAAGAGCUGUGGGUAACAUCGUCACUGGGGAUGACAUCCAAACCCAGGUCAUUCUCAACUGUUCAGCGCUCCCUUGCCUCCUCCACUUGCUGAGCAGCCCCAAGGAGUCAAUCCGGAAAGAAGCUUGCUGGACCAUUUCAAAUAUUACUGCUGGCAACAGGGCUCAAAUACAGGCUGUCAUAGAUACAAACAUCUUCCCUGUGUUGAUUGAAAUUCUUCAGAAAGCAGAGUUCCGUACAAGGAAAGAGGCAGCCUGGGCCAUCACCAAUGCUACAUCUGGAGGAACUCCUGAGCAGAUCAGGUACCUGGUCUCACUAGGCUGCAUCAAACCCCUGUGUGACUUGCUGACUGUGAUGGAUUCAAAGAUUGUGCAGGUGGCUCUCAAUGGACUGGAGAACAUCCUUCGGCUCGGAGAGCAAGAGGGCAAGCGCAGUGGCUCGGGGGUGAAUCCCUACUGUGGCCUCAUCGAAGAAGCCUACGGCUUGGAUAAAAUUGAGUUUCUCCAGAGCCACGAGAACCAGGAGAUCUACCAGAAGGCCUUCGACCUCAUUGAGCACUACUUUGGCGUAGAAGAUGACGAUAGCAGCCUGGCUCCGCAAGUGGAUGAAACGCAACAGCAGUUCAUCUUCCAGCAGCCUGAGGCCCCCAUGGAGGGCUUCCAGCUAUAAUGUCUGCCUCCGGGGAGGGGAUGGGAUGGGAAGCACCACCAACCAGCGGAAGAGCAGCCCUCCGGUGAGGGGGAAGCAGCCCCCACCGUCAGCCACCACACACCUCUGCUGCCCUGGAAACUGUGCUCUUGACCUGCUCCACCCCCUUCCCUGGAGGGAGCACCCUCUGGACAGACAGAACCAUCUGAGGCUCACAUUUGGGUUUUGUGACAAGAAGGGGACGUGUUGGGUUUUUCUUCCUCACACUAUAUUUUGGCUGCACAUAUGUCUUUAACCCAGGAGCCCAGGGGUAGACAAAGGAGGACUGAGGUAAUCAAUUUUGCACCUUUUUUAUUUUUAUUUUUUCUUUAGUGGUGACUUUGUCCCCUUUAUCUUCCUUCAUCCUUCCCAGUUCUCUGCCCUGAUCUGUGUAACUCUUAUCUUGGGUACUUGAGAAGGUGGAAUAUUCCAGAAAUGGGGGUGGGAUGGGAGGGGAGAAAUCCAAAACAAAGUGUUCUUGCUCUGACAGAAUAUUAAUCUUGUAUGCUUGGAUUGAGUUAUUUAAUUUUUUUUCUUUUGCACAUUUUUCUUGUAUUAAGAUUGCUCUUUCCAAGAACCGUGAGUUCCUGGUUUUAGGAAUCCCAGCUGCCAGCAUUGUCUGGGACUAGAGGCUGAGGGGGGAGGUCACUGUGAGACAAAGGCCCUUCCUUCUCUUCCCUCUAACCCCUUCCCAGACCUCUUUAGUUUGGGAGAUCCCCUCACUCUCCUGGGGCAAGUACACCCGUGGGAGUGGAGCAGGGGGCGCAGGCCUUUCAGACAGGGCUUCCCAUGUGUCGCUACUGAUCCCAUGUUUCCUACCCACCUUCCAAUGGUGCGACCCGACUUCAUUUGUUUACUUGAAACUUCCCCUCAGAGAUGAACGAGCCUCUGAGGUAGCUGUAUUUCCUCCUAAGCAUGAGACAAGGGGCUCUAGUCCUUCCUUCUCCCGAGGAGAAAGUCCUUGCUCUGGUGACCCAUAGGUUGCAGAGGAGGUUGGAGCGAGAGUGUCCUGUAUUGGGAUAGCCAGGGAUCCCUGCCUUUGGCCUUUCUUCCUCUUCUUCCUCUUCCAUAGUUGGAUCAUGUAUAUUUUACUUCUAAAGGAGAGAAUGUCAAAAAGUUCUGUAUUUUUUUAUAUUCUGUAUAUUAAGUAGGUCAAUCUUAAUUGGUCUCGAGAGGAAGAACUGUUGUAAUUUCUAUAAGUAGGAUACUGUGAGGAAGACCAAAAGGAAACGUGGAAGCUCCCUCACUCAGGAGGCCUGAGCUUGAUCUUUUUCUUCUCUGCUUGGGUUCCGGGCCCCCACCUGGGACCAGCUUUAGCUCUGGAACCUUUACACAGCAGGUCAGCCUGGUCUUACUGUCCCAGCACCUGAAGGAAGCAAGGAUGACCCAGGGUAUGGUGAAGUCUACCACUGUAAUCCUUAUUGCUGAGCAUCCCGCUUGCAUCGGGAAACCCAGAAGCAGUCUGCCUUCUCAGAUUUGGUGUCAAAGGCCCUUGUUCACAUAAGUUAAUGUACAUGGUUCUUCUGUUACUAUUACAGAAACGUGGCAGCCUCAGGUCUUUUGUGAGUUAUUGUUAUCUUCCCUGUUUGGAAUCCUUGUACCUGGUUUGGGUUUUGCCCUUCCUUGUGACAAUUGUAAUCGUAAUGUCUUUUUUUCCUCUUUGAGUAAAGUGAAUGCAGUGCCACAGUGGCCUGCCUGUGCUUUGGUGGAUUACAUAUGAGAGUAAAGCCCAGUUGUUGGGGGGUGGGGUGGAGAGAGUUGUCAGCUGCGUAUAGACCAACCGUGAGGAGGCACAGUCUGCCUUGCCCCUGCGGUGCAGCUCCGGUCAGGCAGAGGUGCCCCGCUCAAGGUGUUUCUUCCCUUCCCCCAGAAACAGUGCCCUUCUCGCUCCCGUUUCUGCACACCUCCUCUGUCUCAGGUGAAGUCCAUGCCCCUCUACUUACAGAUCUAAAGUUCAGGUGCUCACUGUCAGCCAUUGGUGUUGAAUUUGCCCCUCCUUCUAGUGUGAGAUCCAAGUCCACAGCCAUUUUCCGAGAAAGGUGGUAUGGGCUAAAGCUUUUCACUGAGAAGUCACACCAAUGCUGGACCACCUUAGUGAGUCAGAUGCUACUCUUCAGCUUGGGAACGACGACUGUCAACCCCCAGUCUCCCAGGCAGGCAAGAGGCAGGACCUUUUUCACAUGGCCUGCGGACUCCCAUUACAAAACUGUUCUACAGUUCAAGGGAAAACUCCACCCUCGCCCCACCCCAACCCUUGUCCAAAAGGGAAAGCACUUUACUAGGAUCUACUUUGUACAUCUCAAGCAAUAGUUAAGUCCCUGGCAUUGGGGCCAAAUUCUUACUGUCAGACAUACAUAUCCUGCUUUUCCCAACUAUUCCCCAAAAUCUAUUUUCCCUUUUGCUCUGGGCCCUGUACCAGACGGAAGACUUUUGAUCCUCGAGCUGCUGCUUAAAGUCAGUUUUCUUUAAGGACUUCAAAGGCUGAAGUCUCCCAGGGCACAAUAUGAGGACAGAUUU